CAGCUGUGGUCACAGCAGAGCCUGAUGGUUCCAAGAGAAUGACAGAAGCAGCAGCUGUCUCCGCCCCGGCUCCCUCUGCUCUUGGAGAAGAAGCCAAAGAGGAGCAAAAGGAGCAAGAGGACCACGAGCCUGCAGCUGUGGUCACAGCAGAGCCUGAUGCUUCCAAGAGAAUGACAGAAGCAGCAGCUGUCUCCGCCCCGGCUCCCUCUGCUCUUGGAGAAGAAGCCAAAGAGGAGCAAAAGGAGCAAGAGGACCACGAGCCUGCAGCUGUGGUCACAGCAGAGCCUGAUGGUUCCAAGAGAAUGACAGAAGCAGCAGCUGUCUCCGCCCCGGCUCCCUCUGCUCUUGGAGAAGAAGCCAAAGAGGAGCAAAAGGAGCAAGAGGACCACGAGCCUGCAGCUGUGGUCACAGCAGAGCCUGAUGGUUCCAAGAGAAUGACAGAAGCAGCAGCAGUCUCUGCCCCAGCUCCCUCUGCUCCUGGAGAAGAAGCCAAAGAGGAGCAAAAGGAGCAAGAGGACCACGAGCCUGCAGCUGUGGUCACAGCAGAGCCUGAUGCUUCCAAGGGAAUGACAGAAGCAGCAGCAGUCUCUGCCCCGGCUCCCUCUGCUCCUGGAGAAGAAGCCAAAGAGGAGCAAAAGGAGCAAGAGGACCACGAGCCUGCAGCUGUGGUCACAGCAGAGCCUGAUGGUUCCAAGAGAAUGACAGAAGCAGCAGCAGUCUCUGCCCCGGCUCCCUCUGCUCCUGGAGAAGAAGCCAAAGAGGAGCAAAAGGAGCAAGAGGACCACGAGCCUGCAGCUGUGGUCACAGCAGAGCCUGAUGGUUCCAAGAGAAUCCUUCCAGAGAAAGAGCAGGAGCAGAUUGCCUUAUCAGAGAUGCCAUGCCAGACUCAGGGAGAGCUGAGAGCCCAAGAGCAGGAAGAGCAGCUCAGGCAGCAGGUGGAAGAGCCACAGGAGAAUGGCCAGAGCAUCAAGGCAGAGCCACAAGCAGAGCAGCCCGAAGCUCAGAGUGCCAUCACGGAAGUAAAGAAGAACCAGGAAGACACGAGAAGAAUUCAAGAGGAGAUGAAUCUCCAUCAGCAGAGGGGCGAUCAACAAAACCAGGUGAGUGAAAGAGUGGCAGCCACUCCACUCAUGAAAGAUCCUCUCUCUUGUAUUUUACAGAACUUGAAGGAACAGCUGGACACAGACUUUCAGAAAGCUCACGCUAAGAUCAUGGCAAGGGAGAAGAGGCAGGAGGAAGAAAUUAAAAUCAUCAGAGAAAAACUUAAUCCCCUCCCUCAGGCUCUACAAAAGCAAGUGGCCAUAAAGAAAAUAAAUCUCCAAGGACCGAGGAAGAAGGAACUAAAAGUCAAUGAACUUAUGCUCAUGAAGACAAAUAAGAAUCCCAACCUGGUCAACUAUUUAGACAGCUACCUUGUGGAUGGGCAGCUCUGGCUGGUCAUGGAGUACAUGGACGGAGGCACUCUGAGCGAUGUCAUCAGCGAGACCUACCUGUCUGAAGACGAGAUGGCAGCCAUCAGUCGGGAGUGCCUGCAAGGCCUGGAUUUUCUUCACUCGAACCACGUGAUCCACCGAGAUGUGAAGAGCAGCAACAUCCUUCUCAGAACCGAUGGCUCUGUCAAGCUGGGUCAGUGUAUUCUUGGUCAGGUGCAGCAUUCCAGGGAUGUGGGCUGUGGGGCUGCUUUGAGUGACUGCCAGCUCCCCAAAAAUGGUGCUGGUGGCAGUGCAGGGCCCCCCACUGUGAGCUGAUGACACAGUUGCAACGUGCACAGAGGUAUAUGGAACCACGAGAAGUCAAGAGUGGCAUUGCUCUGUGUGUGUCUCUUCCAGAGGGAGGGAGCUACAAUGUAAAGCUUCAGGGGAAUGAAGGCCACUGCUGUGAGCAGCUUAAAACAACUGGGGUUUUUUUGGAAGUGGUCAAUUCCAUACUUCCUUGUCUAAAGCCCUGAGGAAACAGAGCGUGGACAGUUCUCCAGGAGACUCAACAGCACAUUCUUAGACUGAGAGUGGGGAAUUCUUUUGCUUGAUUUCCUAACUUGAGCUGGCUUUCAUGGUAUGUUUUUUUCUCCACAGUUGACUCUGGCCCCUUUGCUCAGCUCACCCCUGAGCAGAGUCGACAGAGCUCAGUGGCCAGCAUUUCUGGGUGGAUGGCGCCUGAAGUGGUGACAGGUCAACCAUAUGGCCCCAAAGUGGACAUAUGGUUUUUUGGAAUCGUGGGCAUCGAAAUGGUGGAACGAGAAGUCCCUUACCGGAAUAAAACUGUUUCGGCUCAACUCCUGAUAGCCAGAGGAGGGAGACCAAAGCUGCGGCAGCCCAACCGAUGCUCGUCUUGCCUGCGUGACUUCCUGAGCUGCUGCCUGCAGACAGACGAGGCACGGCGCUGGUCUGCCAAGGAUCUCCUGCAGCAUCCAUUUGUAACAUCAGCCAAGCCAGCGUCCACCCUGGUACCACUCAUCAACUCAGUGAAGAAGGAGAAGAAGAAGAAGACAAGAAUCUAACAGUCAAGAUAUUAUCUCCAUAACCAAGUUAGAGUAGGAUUGUAGAGUAGGACUCUAAAGUAGGAUUAUUGAGUUGUUUUGUAGUAUAGGUUUAUAGAGUAGGAUUGGAAUUAAAUAAAGUUUCUGAAGCAUCAACUCAUUUGGCAGA